AUGAUGUUCACCAAGACCUUCGUUGCUGCUGCCUUCGCCGCUCUGGCCUCGGCCCUGCCCUCGGGCAUGGUGGUCCGCCAGAGCGCCGCUCCUAACGGCGCUGUCCAGAUCGUCAACAACCUGGCCCAGCCUGUCUACGCCUGGUCCGUCACCGACGUCGUGGGUCCCAUGCAGAUCCUGCCUGCCAACGGCGGCAUCUACACCGAGGCCUGGCAGACCAACCCCAACGGCGGCGGUGUCUCCAUCAAGCUGGCCACCGACCCCAGCCAGGCCGACGUCCUGCAGUUUGAGUACACCCAGACCCCCGACACCAUCUUCUGGGAUCUCUCCUGCAUCAACAUGGGUGCCAACUCCCAGUUCACCCAGUUCGGCUUCGCCGUCGUCCCCACGGACCAGACCGGCAACUGCCCCUCGGCCAUCUGCAAGGCUGGCGACACCGCUUGCUCUGCCGCCUAUCUCCAGCCCACCGACGACCAUGCCACCCACGGCUGCCCCCUCAACACCGGGCUGGGCCUGACUAUCGGCCAGUAA